CGCCUGCCCGCCGCAGCCAUGGCCGCACCCGCGCCGGGUCUCAUCUCGGUCUUCUCCAGCCCGCAGGAGUUGGGCGCGUCGCUGGCGCAGCUGGUGGCGCAGCGGGCCGCGAGCUGCCUGGAAGGGAGCCGUGGCCGCUUCGCGCUCGGCCUGUCGGGCGGCAGCCUGGUCUCCAUGCUGGCCCGAGACCUGCCCGCCGCCGCCGCUCCCGCCGGGCCCGCCAGCUUGGCGCGCUGGACGCUCGGCUUCUGCGACGAGCGCCUCGUGCCCUUCGAGCACGCCGAGAGCACGUACGGCCUCUACCGGACGCACCUGCUCUCAAAGCUGCCCAUCCCAGACAGCCAGGUCCUCACCAUCGAUCCUGCCCUGCCCGUGGAGGACGCUGCAGAGGAUUAUGCCAGGAAACUGAGCCAGGCCUUCCAAGGAGAUGCUGUCCCCGUGUUUGACCUGCUGAUCCUGGGAGUGGGCCCCGAUGGCCACACCUGUUCGCUCUUCCCUGGUCAUCCCCUCCUACAGGAGCAGGAGAAGAUUGUGGCUCCCAUCAGUGACUCCCCAAAGCCACCACCGCAGAGAGUGACCCUGACACUCCCCGUGCUGAAUGCAGCCCAGAGUGUCAUCUUCGUGGCCACCGGGGAAGGCAAGGCAGCUGUGCUGAAGCGCAUCCUGGAGGACAAGGACGGCGCGCUGCCCGCCGCCAUGGUGCAGCCGCGCACCGGCGCCCUCUGCUGGUUCCUGGACGAGGCGGCCGCGCGGCUGCUGUCGGUGCCCUUCGAGAAGCACUCCACGCUGUAGCUCGGCGCGGCGGGGCGGGCAU